GUUAAAAUGAAGGACGCUUGCAAUAUUUGGUUCCACCGUGGUGGUGACGGGAUUAUUUUAGGUUUUAUCCGUGCUGACCGUCCUUAAAACGGUGCCACAAUAACGUUUAACUCACGGUGCACCUUUGGACGAGCUCAUGGGUCGCAGUCUCACCAGAAGAGGGCAUUCCUAUUCUGCCUGACAAAGUUGCCUUGACACGCAGACGUGAUUAACAACAGCGUCAUGCUGUAUUUCAAACCGAGCAACAACGAGAGUGAAAGGAGCAUUUGGACAAAAAGGUGGAUAUCUGGAUAUUUGACUAUUCCACGAGACUCAAUGACAGCGUUUCAGAGAGACUUGUGGAUAACCGAGCGUUACUUUCCUCUGUGCGCCAUGCGCGGAUCAGACUGAGCAUCCCUGAGAAUAUAGACGCCAGGGUUUUACUUGGGAGAAGGAAUCUAAGGGCUGCUUGACUCAUUUGGAAAAUUACGCCUUGUUAUUCUCUUUUCUUCUGUCUUUUUUUGUGCACGCCAACGUUUCUGUUAAGUUCUGUGACGGGAUUUUCGCGGAAUCUCCAUGCGCAUGUAAGACUGACAUGAAACACUUGGAUGUGGCUUCGUUAUUGUCUGCGCCUACUGCAGUGCUCUUUUUGGCUGUAACUUGAAAAAGAGAGAACGAUUCAUUUCCUCUGAAGACAUGGAUAGGGAGUUCUGAAACCGGAUUUUUUUUUUUCUACCCGUUUUAAUCUGGAGUUGGAAGUAAAUGACAUUCGCCCCGAUUCACUUGUACGCUUAUAGAUGCAGAACUAAACCGGAUAGCACAUCCAGGUCCGGGAGAGUAAAGGGCAGGUGCGCUUUGGAGUCAGCGUCUGCGCGGAGAGACCGGGCUAGUGGAUUAGGACGGUACCUGUCUGUGGAGAGCGCGUCAUGCGGACUCGGAUGUCGCGCACUAGAAGCCAUUAAAACCUGUAGGCUGGAGCUGACAGAUAAGCGGAUAUGGGCUCUGCUCUGCGACGUCGCUGGCUAGUGGUCCAACUCCUGAUGCAGGUGUGGCUGGCAGCAAAUCCAUCUUUGAGUGAGCGUCCAUGCCCCAAAAGCUGUCGCUGUGAUGGAAAAAUUGUCUACUGUGAGUCAAGCGCCUUUCGCGAUGUCCCCAAAAACCUCUCAGGAGGCUGUGAAGGCCUAUCUUUACGCUACAACAGUCUCGCCAGUCUUCGUGCAGGACAGUUUGUAGGCCUCAACCACCUCAUCUGGCUCUACCUGGACCACAAUUACAUUGCAUCUGUGGAUGGAAUGGCCUUUCAGGGGGUCCGCAGGCUCAAAGAGUUGAUCCUAAGUUCCAACAAGAUUACAUCCCUACACAACACCACAUUCCACCCUGUCCCUAAUUUGCGUAAUCUGGACCUGUCAUACAACAAACUGCAAGCCUUGCAGCCUGGGCAGUUCCAGGGCUUACGAAAGCUUCUCAGCCUUCACAUACGCUCAAACUCUCUAAAAAUCAUCCCAGUGCGUCUGUUCCAAGAUUGCAGAAAUCUUGAAUUCCUAGAUUUGGGUUACAACCGCCUGCGCAGUAUCACUCGGAAUGCAUUUUCUGGCCUAGUCAAGCUCACUGAGCUGCAUCUCGAGCAUAACCAGUUCUCAAAAAUCAAUUUCUCUCACUUUCCUCGACUCUACAAUCUGCGGGCUCUUUACCUGCAGUGGAAUCGCAUUCGCUCAAUGAACCAGGGCCUGACCUGGACCUGGGCCUCCAUCCAGAAACUGGAUCUGUCUGGGAAUGAUCUGACAGAAGUGGAUGCUGUAGUUUACCAAUGCCUACCCAACCUGCAGACCCUUAAUCUGGACUCCAACAAGCUGACCAAUGUCUCCCAGGAGGUUGUUGAUGCCUGGAUCUCCUUGACUAUGAUUAGCUUAGCUGGGAAUGUAUGGGACUGUGGCCCAGCGAUAUGUCCUCUGGUGGCCUGGCUGAGAAACUUCAGAGGGGCAAAGGAGACCACUAUGAUCUGCGCUUCCCCUAAGAAAGCCCAGGGGGAGAAAGUGAUGGAUGCUGUUGAAGCUUUUGGUGUUUGUCAAUCAAACCCGGCAACAACUCUCACUGUCAGCAUUCCUCCAAUGCCAUCCAGUGUACCUGUGCAGACUGAUCAUCACCCAGCCAUUCUGGCUUCACCGACUGGUUCUGGAAAGAGAGGAGAGGGAUCUAUCAGAGGCCCCACAUCAUCAGCCGUUACCCCACCUGUUGCACUUCCCCCAGAGCAAGACUUGGAGCCUGUGUCCUUCCAUAAGAUUGUGGCUGGAAGUGUUGCCCUUUUUCUAUCUGUUGCAAUGAUCCUGUUGGUAAUCUACGUGUCAUGGAAGCGCUAUCCUAGUAGUGUCAAGCAGCUGCAGGAGCACUCAGCAGCGGCCCGCAAACGUCGCAAGAAAGCUAGAGAGACGGAGCGCACCUUGAGCUCUCCACUGCAGGAGUACUAUGUGGACUACAAGCCCACCAAUUCUGAGGCCAUGGAUGUGCUUGUCAAUGGGACCGGACCCUGCACCUAUACGAUCUCAGGCUCCCGAGAAUGCGAGGUCCCCCACCAGUUGGGUGCGCUGACCUUCUACCGCUAUGAACAGCCUAUUGUAGACUACUGCCAGGCCCAUCAGCCCCUGAGGCUCAACAUGGGCUAUGAGGGACCCCCACAGGGCCUGGAGGGCCUGGAGGACCUGGGACCGUGUGAUAGGGGCACUAUACAGACAGUGGCUCUGCCUGCCGUGCCCUCAGCUGCCAGCAUAGGUGCCCCUGUGCCAGGGCCUCGCUCUCCUCCACCUCCCCUCAGACCACCGACUGAAGGUCCCAGCAGCGGUCCUUUUCCUCCUGCCGAGCGCACUGGCACACUGAAAUUUGGACGCUAGCAGGCCGAGCCUGAUUGUUGGAAGUGGGGCAAGGGCCUCAGAUUCACCGUGACAUUGAAAUGAAGGGGCAGGCGAGCUGGUUAUUCAGUGGGGCCUUGUUUUCAGAACAUAAGUAUGUGAACUAGAGGACAAAAUUUUUCUAAUUCUGCCCGAAGGGAUUUGGCAUCUGAAACACAGUCUCACUAAUACACAGUAUAGAGGGGGAGACAUCCCUGCAAAUCAUUUUAAUUUCUUUUUUUUUUCCCAAAGCAUCUCACAGAAAACCCCUCACUACUGAAUCAUGGGAGGUAUUUUAGCAUAUCACAAAAAAAAAGCAGAAGAAAAAAAAAAAGUAUCACCUUGUUUCCAAAUCUGGUCUUUGCCAUAUUCCAUGAUGAUCAACAUCAUUGAGCACCUGUUCACAGCAUAAUAGCAGUCCACUUGUGUUGAGUCAGGAGUGGAAGGGAAAGUGCAAUAAACAUGAGUUCUCUAUCACGAAAAGUGAGAGCAGGAACAUGAAAGAGAAAAGAGAUGGAGCUGGACAUGAAGUGAAGAGCAAGGCGCUUCUUACUGUGAUUGUUAUUCAAAUAUCUAAUUUGUAGUCGUUAACAAAAGCAAAUCCAUAUUAUUAUUUCAUCAAGAUGGGUCAUUUCUUAAGACAAGUAGUUCCAUUGAUUUUCUUUUGUUUUACUUUCUUUUGUUUCCUUAGAUGUGGGAUCUCUCGCUGAAUUCCAUUAAUGUGCAUGUCAAACCAAAGAGUUAUAGUUUUUUCUUCUUUUAAUGCACAUAAGCUGCUUUAGCUGAGGGCAUUCUUAAAAUGCCAGUUGGUCUACUAAAUUAGCAUGUACCAACCAACACACACUCACAAUUACAACCAAAUCCCCUGCUAGUUUCAGAUGAACAGGGCUUGUCAUUACAGAUUAGCAAAAUAAUUGUGAUACAUACAAGUGAAGUACAGAAAUUUUAAAGAUAUUAUUCAUGAUGAUGUAUUUUACGUGGUCCUCCUAACAUCAUUUCAAUUGUUCAGUCCAUGGGACACUUUCGAGGAGAUAUUUCCAUAAAUUUAUUAAACAUACAGGGGCCCUUUUCCCAGCAGAAUGACAGGUCUUUGUAUUUGACUACAUCCCAGAUGAAUGAUUCACUAUGCUUUAAAGAAGUAAUCAUGGGAAAUUUAUGUGGUAAAACAAGUACAUUUGAAUGCAAAGUAUUGUACAUAUUAUUAAAAAAAGGUCCACUUUACUGAAGGUCAAACCACUCUCACUGCCCCCAAACAGUCAUAUGAAACAUUGUUGAGUCAAUGUUUGACUUUCAUCACACUGGACAAUUUGAAGAGCACCAUGUCGCUGGGCUGGGAAAGCUCUGGCCAUGUGCUCUCCCCUCCACCACAAAGAACAACAGUGCCUGGUGGAGGCACGUUGAACCUGCGUAUGAACCCAUGGGCUGUACUGGGAAUAUUGCCUGACAUCUCGUUUUUUUUUUUUUUUCUUCUCUUCAGAAAACGUGUCUGCAGUGCAGGACAUUAUUGCACUCGGUAACACUUUGGCCACCGUAUCAAGCACUGCUACUCAAUGACUUAUGGAGCUGAUGAGGACUACAGAUAGGGCUGUGAUGGCCUCUCAAAUAUCAUCUUCGGCUUAAUCCAAGCAGUGCACCGGGGUCGUUUUCUACAUGUCAGUGGUCAUACUCUCGGGAGUUAUGGAAACUGUGUUUGGUCCUCCCACAGCGCAACUGAUUGAUAACAGAUGAAAGUGCGAGGGGCAUAAAUACCCCACAAGAAUGGGCGUAACCUCAAGAUAAAAGAAAAAAAUAGGGAAUUAUUAUUUUUGUUUUGUUUUGUUUGUUUUAUUAUUUUAUCGUUUUGGCUCGGAGCAUAAAAGACAGUUUUUGAGGUGUUCAAAGAUGAUGUCAAGAAAUUCUAUAAGACUAAUCAAAGGACAAAAUCGAAUAGAACUUAUUUAUCGUGUAAAUAGUGAAUCUUUAAAGAUGAGAAAAAAAAAAGUAUGAACUUGACUUCUUCUGAAACACAAACUGCUUGUGAACAGAAGAGGAGCCUUAUUCACUUUCCAGUGGGAAUCUGUUACCAAGAUGAGUCGGUGAAGAGGUUCCUACUGAAACGCUCCUGUUGUUUCAAUGAUAAAUAUUUUUCUAUCUGCUCCCGUCACUACUCUACCAUUAAACACAAAUUAUGUUACUGAGGUUAUUUCUCAAAUCCAAUCAUUUUACUGAAUCACAUGAAGAAGGGAAGAAUGGGAGCCCUGUUAUUGUGAUGCACUUCAAAUGUCAAACCUCACAGAGAUCCAUAUUUUCUGUUCUGAUGUCGGACAUGUUUCACUUUGCAGGUGGUGGCCGCACGACGUGUUGUUAGUUACAUCCCAAUCCACUCUUUUUGUUUAGGAAUCUCAACACUAUCUGCCAUUUCAAGGUCUACUCGGGGAGAAGGAGUGUGCUAUUCUUUAUACCAAGAGUGAAGGAUGUUUUUUUUUUUUUGAUGUUCCAUUAUUUUGUUAAAUGUUUUACCAAAAACCAGCCCCAAAACAACAAGUGACCCAAAAGUCUUCAUGGUUUCAUGACUAAGAAGGGGUCAGUCCCCUUCAUGUACAGGACAAUGCAUAAAAAGCAGUUGAAUUGCUCAGUACGGUUGCUUAAUAGUGCUGGUGGAGUUUACUUUGUAAUAGCAGCUGUGCCAAUGUCUUUAUAAUGGGAGCUCUCUCAAUUCUAUCCAUGUAUUGUCUUGCCUUGCUCUAUAUCACCCCUGCUAACUCCUUGGCCUGAAUUUCAUGUCUGCCUCUUGGUGACUCGGGUGAACCUGUUUAAUGAUGUUCUAUUUCUGUCCGCAUGCUGAUAUUUUGGGAAAGUAUGCCCAGUUAGGGAGGAGCGCUGAACCAGAGACAAACAGUAUGGGAGAUAUAUCCUGUCUGGAGUGCCCUAGAACCAGCAGCACGUCUUAUGGACAACUUUGCUGUUUUUAAAGCAACUUGUUUGCUGACCCAUCCCUGCCCUUCUCUCCCCUAAGGUAGAAUUCCCUGGCACUCUAUAGGCUGUCAAACAGAGGAAGAGCUGUGUGUUGGGCACUCACUCCAGGGACAGACUUUCCCUUUAAUAGUCUCCUGCUAAAGCCUAGUACCCCAUAUGUAGUAAUUACUUCAGUUUUCAGAACAGUGAUAAUGGUUCAAUCCAGUCUAAACACAAUGAUCAAAGUUACUUUGCCCUUCAUGUGUAAUUAGAAAAUGCUAAUAAAAUCUUUGUAUGUUCACAAUUAAAUCAACCACUAAUAAGCGAUUGAGUAAUCAUGACUACCUCCCUGAUAAAAUCAGAUAUGUUCAGCGGAAUGUUCGAAUCCUGCUGCCAGUAAUUAUUUAGUCUUUUGUCCAUUUUUCUUUUGCCAUCGGAGAGCUGGAAGCACAGGCGCUGCAUGCCAAUGAUGCAUGUUUGAGCUGAACUCCAGGACCGUCUGCGCUAGCCCCGCAAUGCCAACAGGCUUUAUUUUCUCUUCUGCAAUGUUUGUUUACAGUUUUGUACACCCCAAGCUCCCCAUCCUCCCUUCACUCUUUGAGUUUGGGCUCAAGUCCCCACUGGGAACAUUUCUCUCUGUUUUUUUCCCCCUUCUUCUUUCCUUUUUUGCUUCGGGUGGGGUGAAUAAAGGUCUGAAGAAUUGCAAAGAAAACUUUCAUAUUUCAGCGCUAAUGUGCAAAGGAAAGCUAAAUGCAAAUCUCCAAAGGGAGGGGGGGGGGAUGCAGAGGCGAUGGGAAGGGGGAGCCAGUGAUGCUGUACAAUAGGGAGGAUAUAGAGGGACAAAUGGAGUAAGUGCAAGGACAUUUUAUUCUGUUACAAUGAAAACUUUGUGAUUUUUCUGAAUGUCCCAGUCAGCUUUAUCGCCACUGUAAGAAAAUAACGCAAACUGCUUCAGCCAAGCUCAGACACACGCAAGUCACACACGAGUAUUCUGCAGAGUUACAUAUGGCACUCACAGGCAAAACAAAAGGCAUAAUCAACUCAACUCGGAUCUUAUAAACGUAUUAUGCAUGCUCACAUCGUGAAGAUAAACCGACAUGCUCACACAUUCAAAACACUUUCAUUUUAAUUUUUUAUUAUAAUUUACACUGUGAAUCCAUUUAACAUGUCAGCCUGCAACUGCAGAAGAGUCACGCAUAAAUACAUGUACACAAAUGAAAAGACACGCAUGUGCGUCACAUGCAUUGAUAAAUGUAGUGGGGGGAAAAAAAGUAAAGUUCUCCAGCUUCUGACGCUCCCAUCCAUUUCAGUUCACCCAAGGCCAUCUGUGACGGUUCAGUGGGUUCUAAUCCAUUACCUGAUAAAUAGAUUUUAAAAAUGAAUUCCAAGCAAGACGUGGAGUUGCAGCUUUUCCUCCUCUGCCAUACAUCUGUGUCUUACCCGCAGGGAGCACUGGGGCAUACCCAUACAGCACACAGUCAGUAUGUAUGCACAUGGAUAGGGGGCCUAAGCAGUGAAAGAAAAAAAAAGAAAAAAAAAAA